AUGGGGAGAGGGAAGAUUGCGAUUCGGAGGAUCGAGGAUUCGACGAGCAGGCAAGUGACUUUCUCCAAGAGAAGGAAGGGUUUGAUGAAGAAGGCCAAGGAGCUGGCCAUUCUUUGUGAUGCUGAGGUCGGGCUCGUCGUCUUCUCCAGCACUGCCAAGCUGUACGACUUCGCCAGCACCAGCUUAAAAUCAGUGAUUGAAAGGUACAACAAGGCGAAAGAGGAGCAGCAGCAACAACUAUCAAAUUUAACUUCAGAAGUCCAUUUUUGGCAAAAAGAUGUCGCAAUUUUGAGACAAAAGCUGCACACCUUACAGGAGAAUCAUCGGCAAUUGAUGGGGGAACAACUCUCUGGAUUGGGAAUCAAAGACCUACAAAGUUUAGAGAAUCAGUUGGAGACAAGCUUGAGGGGGAUUCGAAUCAAAAAGGAACAAGUUUUAACAAGAGAAAUACAAGAGCUAAGGCGAAAGGGAACCCUCAUGCAUGAAGACAAUGUAGAGCUGUACAGGAAGGUCGACCUCAUGGGCCAAGAAAACUUGGAAUUGUACACGCAGGCAUAUAGCAGAAGGGAUCAUGGUGCUGAAACAACUCCCAACUCAUUCAUCUCUUUUAGUUUAACUAUGGGAGAAAAUUCGCGCAUCCCCACUAGUCUGCAAUUACGCCAACCGGACCACCAGAUUUACAAAGACUAA